AUGUCUAAAUUUGAUGUUGAACAGUUAUUGAGUGAAUUGAACCAGGAUGAAAAGAUUUCCUUACUCUCUGCAGUUGAUUUCUGGCAUACUAAGAAGAUUGAACGGUUGGGAAUUCCAGCGGUGAGGGUUUCUGAUGGUCCAAAUGGUAUUAGAGGGACAAAGUUCUUUGAUGGGGUUCCUUCAGGAUGUUUCCCUAAUGGUACCGGGUUGGCAUCUACUUUUGAUCGCGACCUGCUUGAGACAGCAGGUAAGUUGAUGGCCAAGGAAUCGAUUGCGAAGAAUGCUGCUGUGAUUUUGGGUCCAACCACAAACAUGCAACGUGGUCCUUUGGGUGGUCGUGGUUUUGAAUCAUUUUCUGAAGAUCCAUACCUUGCUGGUAUGGCAACUUCUUCUGUUGUUAAAGGUAUGCAGGGCGAAGGUAUUGCUGCUACCGUUAAGCAUUUUGUUUGUAACGAUUUGGAAGACCAACGUUUCUCUUCAAACUCAAUUGUUUCUGAAAGGGCUCUUAGAGAAAUUUACUUGGAGCCCUUCAGAUUGGCAGUUAAACAUGCCAAUCCUGUUUGUAUAAUGACUGCCUAUAACAAGGUCAAUGGCGAACAUUGCUCCCAAUCCAAGAAGCUAUUGAUCGACAUUUUGAGAGACGAGUGGAAAUGGGACGGUAUGUUAAUGUCCGACUGGUUCGGUACAUAUACGACUGCCGCAGCUAUCAAGAAUGGGUUGGAUAUCGAGUUUCCUGGACCAACAAGAUGGAGAACACGUGCUUUAGUGUCUCACUCACUCAACUCCAGAGAACAAAUCACUACUGAAGAUGUUGAUGAUCGUGUUAGACAAGUGCUAAAAAUGAUUAAGUUCGUUGUUGACAAUUUAGAGAAAACAGGUAUUGUGGAGAAUGGCCCAGAAUCUACUUCAAACAACACCAAGGAAACCUCGGACCUGUUGAGAAAGAUUGCUGCUGACUCUAUUGUUUUAUUGAAGAACAAAAACAAUAUCUUACCUCUAAAGAAAGAAGACAAUAUCAUUGUCAUUGGCCCAAAUGCUAAAGCAAAGACUAGUUCUGGUGGUGGUUCAGCAUCCAUGAACUCCUACUAUGUCGUUUCUCCGUAUGAAGGUAUCGUCAAUAAGCUGGGCAAAGAGGUCGACUACACCGUAGGCGCCUAUUCACACAAAUCUAUUGGAGGUUUGGCCGAGAGUAGUUUGAUCGAUGCUGCAAAACCAGCAGAUGCUGAAAAUUCUGGAUUAAUUGCCAAGUUUUACUCCAAUCCAGUAGAAGAGAGAUCUGACGAUGAAGAACCAUUCCACGUUACCAAAGUCAAUAGAUCCAAUGUUCACUUAUUUGAUUUCAAACAUGAGAAAGUGGAUCCAAAGAACCCUUACUUUUUUGUAACCUUAACCGGACAGUACGUGCCCCAAGAAGAUGGUGAUUAUAUCUUCAGUCUUCAAGUUUAUGGUUCUGGUUUGUUCUACUUAAACGAUGAGUUGAUUAUUGACCAAAAGCACAACCAAGAAAGGGGUAGUUUCUGCUUUGGAGCUGGUACCAAAGAAAGAACCAAAAAGUUGACUUUGAAGAAGGGCCAAGUUUAUAAUGUAAGAGUUGAGUACGGUUCUGGCCCAACUUCAGGUUUGGUUGGGGAAUUCGGUGCAGGUGGAUUCCAAGCUGGUGUCAUCAAGGCCAUCGACGAUGACGAGGAGAUUAGAAACGCAGCGGAAUUAGCAGCUAAGCAUGAUAAGGCUGUCUUGAUAAUUGGAUUAAAUGGUGAAUGGGAAACCGAAGGUUAUGACAGAGAAAACAUGGAUUUGCCAAAAAGGACAAAUGAAUUGGUUCGUGCUGUUUUGAAAGCAAAUCCAAAUACUGUUAUCGUUAACCAAUCUGGUACCCCAGUCGAGUUCCCUUGGUUAGAAGACGCAAAUGCGCUAGUUCAAGCUUGGUACGGUGGUAAUGAAUUGGGUAAUGCUAUCGCAGACGUCUUAUAUGGUGACGUGGUUCCAAAUGGUAAGUUAUCGCUCUCUUGGCCAUUUAAGUUACAAGAUAAUCCAGCCUUUUUAAACUUCAAGACCGAGUUCGGAAGAGUUAUUUACGGUGAGGAUAUAUUUGUUGGCUAUAGAUACUACGAAAAGCUUCAAAGAAAGGUUGCUUUCCCCUUCGGAUAUGGUCUAUCGUAUACAACAUUCGAACUAGAUAUUUCUGACUUCAAGGUAACCGAUGAUAAAAUAGCUAUUUCAGUUGAUGUGAAGAAUACUGGUGAUAAAUUUGCUGGCUCUGAGGUAGUGCAAGUCUACUUCAGUGCUCUAAACUCUAAGGUCUCGAGACCUGUUAAGGAGUUGAAGGGAUUCGAAAAAGUCCAUUUGGAACCAGGUGAGAAGAAGACAGUUAAUAUUGACCUGGAAUUGAAAGACGCAAUUUCCUACUUUAACGAAGAGCUCGGUAAAUGGCACGUUGAAGCAGGUGAAUACUUGGUUUCAGUUGGUACUUCUUCUGAUGAUAUACUUUCCGUCAAAGAGUUUAAAGUAGAGAAAGAAUUGUAUUGGAAAGGCUUGUAA